AUGGCCAACCAGUCGAAAAUCGACCCUGUCGAUUUCGGCAGCUACGUCAAUGAGCUGCUCUGGAAAGUCCUCCAACUCGGCCUGCCCGAGUGGUAUGUCCACCCCAUCUACAAGGUUCUCUACCCUACGGAAACUAGUUUCCAGGAGGCCUGCACCUCCAUACCACUCACUUUCGCCGACGGUCUGUUGGAGAUGGUCAACGCUGCUUCCCCACCAUCACUCGGUGACCUGAAGAGCCUCGCUGCUGCCCCAGCCCCGAAAGCCCUUUCCAAGACAUGGGCUGUCUACCUGCACGUCUAUGAGCUCGAAGGUCGUGAGCCUCGUAUCUAUGUAGGCUCUGCUACCAACGCCGACUACGGUGCACAAGAGCGACUUUCCCAUUACGAGAAGCAAGUCCCGUCAAUGCUUCCUCGCUUCGUCAAGCAUGCCGUCGCUCAAGGGUUUGUCAAGACCCACACUACGCUCCUAUGCUGGUAUGAUAUGCCUCCCAUGGGCCUCGUCACGCGUGCCAGACAGCGAUUCCUCAGCCUUGAGGGCUUAUUCCAGAUGCUCUUCUAUUCGUCUACUGUCUACCAGUUGGACGGCAUCUGGCAUCCUAUCAUGCCCUGGUCUAGGGAUGAUGCCUGUUGGCUCCCUCUGAAUGGUCAGAUUGCUCUCCGUGAGCAUUGUCGUGGCGACACUGAGACAUCACCGGAAGCCCUCGCCGUUAUUGCUCAGAAUCGAGCAGCUCGAAAACACGCACGUCACAAGGAGAGAAGCCUAGCUUCUAUCCGCAGGAACCGUCACAAGUGGCAUGUCUGGUCUAAGACCUACUUCACAAAGGUCAGAAAGGCACGAAAGAUUGCCUGCGACGUCUGCAAUACCGUGUUCAACCAGCAAUACUUCAAAGACAUCCACAUGAAGUCCGCCAAGCACAAGAAGAACGUCGCAACAAUCGCCAAUGGCGGUAUCGUCACUCGCGGAGCACAGGCGGCUCGGUCCAAGAGGCUGCGCGACGCGAACAAGGCUUCACAGAGGUAUCCCUGCCAUACUUGUGUUCACUUCUUUGGUGAAGCAUAUACUCUGAGGAGGCACCUCACCCUUCCCUCGCAUGCCGCUGCUGCCGCUGCUGCCGAUGAGGCAAUCGAGGACGUCGACUCUGAGCAUGCUAUCGACGACGUCGAUUCUGAAUGUGAUUCAGACUGCGGCUCAGACUUCCUCUCUGACAUCGACUCCGACACGCUCUCUGAGCUUGGCUUGGAGUUCUGA